GCCACGUUUUCAGCUUCCUAUUUAAAGUAUUUAUGUACAAACGUAUAGGUCGGAAAGUAAUCCUUCACUUCUUCAAUGGCGUUAGCAGAAACUCGCCUUUCUUUCCUUCUCCAUCCAAAAGCCAAGAACAGAACCAAACCCUCAUGCUUCCCAUUCGAAGAUCGGCUCUCCCGCCGCCUCAAAUCCCUGCUCCCAAUCCCCGAAUCUUCAACGUCCAUUCCCCUCUCCUGGCUCUCCAACGCCGUCGAUCUUCUUACCCAAACCCUAGCAGACGCCGCCGCCGUAUUCUCCGAUCAAUCCCUCUCCUCCGACCAAUACUCCAUCGCCGUCCAUCUCAACUCAACCAUCCGCCUUCUUGAUGCCUGCAACUCCGUUUCCGCCGCCACGGACACCGUCCUCAGCCGCCGCCUGCUCCUUCUCCUCGCUCUGCGCCACCUCUCAUUUCUCGGCGAUAAAAACGUGAGCCGCGCCAAGGAUUUGUUGUCGGAAUGGGAAGCCUACGUUCCGCUUCGCUCUUCUCAUCAUCUGGUUAUUCCUGAUCCCCCACCUCGUGGCUCGAUUUCAGCCACCCGUAGAGCGAUCUACGCUGUCGAAGCAGUUUCGUAUCUCGUGAUUGCUCCUUUGUCGGCUGUGUUUGGUGGUCAUGAGGACAUCAGAUUAGGAAAAUUAGCGGUGGUGCCCGGCGAGUUUAUGUGGUCGUCGGCGUUUAAUGAAGUAGGGGCAGCGGUUUGGGGGAGGAUUGGGGAGGGAUUUCCCGGCGAGGUGGUUGCAGUGGAGGUGAGCGUCGGGAGGUUGAGGGAGGCGAUCGAUGAGGUAAGCGAUGGGGAUGACGGAGAACGGAUGCGGAACGCCGUGGUGGUUGUGGAACGAGAGGACGAGAAGUUAACGGCAGGGUUACACUGUUUGUCUGACGCCGUUAAGGGGCUGUUCGAAUCCACGUUGUGUGCAAGAGAUGCCGCCCUUCAGAAUUUCCGUGUUCGUUCGCAAAAGUGCUGCGAAGACUAAAGAUGAAAUAUUUGUACAUUGUAUAGUUAUUUUUUAUUUUUAUUUUAGUGUUGACAUCAUAUAAAUCUAAUUAUUUUGUAUGUGGCUUUGCAAUGUAAAUUUCUUCAUUUAGAAACUUAAAUAUAAUUCACAAUCAA